AUGGAGCUUAUGGAGACUUCCCUGGAGCGCCUGAUGUACGGCAGUAAGGCAGAAACCCUCAUGCCGCUGGCAAAGGUGCUAUACAUCAGUAUCAAUGUAGCCAAUGCGCUGGCUUAUUUGCACCCCACCGUCGUGCACCGAGACUUGAAGCCAGCCAAUGUGCUCAUGAACAACCCGUCAUGCGACUGGCCCGUCGUCAAACUCUCGGUGUCUUACGCCAAUGUCAUGUCGUACAUGGGGGCCCCCGAGAAGCCCGGCUCUUUCUCAGGGCUAAGGCCUAGCGCGAUGAACCAAUACCAAAUGUACAUGCUGAUGCUGACAACCAUUAAUGUACAUGUACAUGCUGAUGCUGACAUUAAUGUACAUGUGCAAUUCAUUAGGCGGCACAUGACUUUGGGUUGUCGCGGCUUCGAGUUACGGUUAAAUCUACCAAAGCACCUGAUGCUGGCACGGGACCGGUCUAAAGACCGUAAAAUGUUACAGCCCCCGUACAUGCCGCCGGAGUGCUUCGACGUCUUGAGCAAGCACGUUACCCAUCAAGUGGUAGGGCUGGGUGUGUGUCUGUGCGUAACAAACGGGCUUGCUGAGUAUGUACUUAGCAUUAUCCCAGGAUUAGUGAGGUGUGUGAGAACGUGUGGGAACGUGACGAUGUGUAAGGAGGGUGUGAGGAAGGACAUCUACUCUCUGGGUGUGCUGAUCUGGGAGAUGCUGGCCGGCAAGCGGCCGUGGGAGGGAGUGGGCAAUGUGGCCAUCGCGUUCAUGGUGACGUACAAAGGCUUGAGGUUGUCGCUGGACGAUCUGCCCUCAAGCCGCUGUCCUGCCAAACUCUCCCGGCUGCUGAAGGCCUGCUGGGAGUCCGACCCCGCCAGACGACCUGCGGCGGCGGAGGUGGCCAAGGAGCUGACCCUGGUGCUGGAGGUGAGCGGGGGGGCAGCAGCAGCUAACAACACCUAG